UUCUGGAUAUUUGUAAAGAAUAUACUUUCUUAUGUUUCACAACAUGCUGAAGUCACUAACUUACUGUGUAAUUGAUUUUCUGACUAGUAUCAUUCGGUGACUAAUCGCCACAUCGUGUUCGUUCAUGAAACGCGCCGUUGCCAGGGCUGCGUUCCCGACGCGGGGAGUUAACUAUCGCAAACCCCGUACCUCGACCUUGACAUAUAUAUCUCUAUUAGCAUUGUACACCUAACAGUCCCACAAAGAGAUAUUCUUCUUCAAUUCACACAUCGUGUUCCGACGCAGCACCGCAGAGCAAUUGCAGACAAACGAGCCCGAGCGCCAACAUCGACAUUACACCCCAUUCCUCAGGCCACAGAACCGAGCUCAUUCACGAGCGCAUAUCACCAGUCCCUCUUCCCUCGUCCCCGCGAUAACCACAUGUCCACCUCAUAAAACCCAAGCUUUAAUGAGCACGCACUCAUGCCUCGGCUCCGCGUCCGCCACGUCGCCGUAUGCGCCGUCCUAAUCGUAUUCCUCUACUACGUCCUCCCCGACGAGCCGACGACAUACAUCCACCAUGAGCCGCGCGACGGCGAGCAGAACACCGCGGCACUGGCGCGAUACAUGAACGCUCCGGGGGCGCCCAUAACCGCCACGAAAAGCUCAUUCGCAUGGAACACAGUCGAGUUCACGUACCCUCCGCCUCUCACGCCGAAGAUCCCCCCGCCCGUCGCGAAGCGGCCACGCAUCCAGCACCGGUUCUGGAAGGACUCGAAGGCGAAGGCGGCGGUGCAGGAGCAGAGGCGGUUAGCGGUGAAGAAGGUGUUUGAGAAGAGCUGGGGGAGCUAUAAGAAGCAUGCGUGGAUGAAGGAUGCGUUGAAGCCUAUCUCCGGGGAGUAUGUGGAUCAGUUCUCGGGCUGGGCGGCGACGCUCGUGGAUAGUUUGGAUACGCUGUGGAUGAUGGGGAUGAGGGAGGAGUUUCAUAAGGCGGUGGCUGCGGUGGCGACGAUUGAUUUCGGGGAGAGUACGUCCGCACGGGUGAAUACGUUCGAGACUUGUAUUCGGUACCUUGGAGGGCUGCUUGCGGCGUAUGAUUUGAGUGGGAGCGAGGUUUUGAAGAGGAAGGCAAUUGAGGUUGGAGAUUUGCUUUAUGCUGGGUUUAAUACGCCGAAUGGCAUGCCGGUGGACUUCAUUUCUUUCGAAGAAGCGAAGCUGGGUGGUGGACUUCAAGUCGAAUCGUCAGUCGUCUCCGCAAGUCCUGGUACCAUCACCCUUGAGUUCAGCAGGCUGAGCCAGAUCACCGGUGAUUCGAAGUACUAUGCUGCAGUAUCACAAGUCAUGGAUGUCUUCCAUAAACACCAGAACGAGACUUUGCUGCCGGGAAUGUGGCCAAUGAUGGUGUCAAUGCGAGACAAAAAUGUCGUGUCUGGCUAUCAAUUCACCAUCGCCGGCAACGCAGAUUCUUUGUACGAAUAUCUACCUAAAGCGCACGCACUGCUGGGAUCAGAGGAUCCCUCAUCUGCGAAAUACGAGACGAUGUCGAAAACGUUCAUGGACACUGCCUCAAAGCAUCUAUUCUUCCGACCCAUGGUCCCGAACAACGAAGACAUCCUUAUAUCAGGAAACUGCGACGUCCUGGACAGCGGUCCUCGUCUCGAUCCAGAGAGCGAGCACCUGUCCUGUUUCAUCGGCGGACUCUUCGCUCUCGGCGGCCGCCUUUUCCAAAACGAAUCGUACGUCGAGACGGGCGCAAAGUUAGCCCGCGGCUGUGCAUACGCAUACAAGUCGAUGCCCACGGGCAUCAUGCCGGAGCGCUACAACAUGAUCAUCUGCCCCGACCAGUCCGCUUGCACCUGGGACGAAGAGGUCUGGGAAGCUGGACGCAAGAAGCGCCCCGAAAAUAAACCGCACCUCCCGAAGGGCUUCACGACAGCUAAAGACCCGCGCUACAUCCUCCGCCCCGAAGCCAUCGAGUCCAUCUUCGUGCUGUGGCGCAUCACGGGCGAUGAGGCAUUCCGCGAGAUAGCGUGGGAGAUGUUUGAGGCGGUGGCUAAGGCGACGGAUACGCCGCUUGCGAAUGCGGCGAUCGAUGAUGUUACGGUUUUGAAUAGCAAGAAGACGGAUUAUAUGGAGAGCUUUUGGAUGGCGGAGACGUUGAAGUAUUUUUAUUUGUGCUUUGCGGAUCCGGAUUUGAUUAGCUUGGAUGAGUUUGUGCUGAAUACUGAGGCGCACCCGCUGAGGCUGAGUGCGAAUGGACCACCUUCUGUGCAUUCGAGAUGAUCCAGGAAUUAGAGCGUCUGUUUCCUCAAGACAUUACUAGAAAUAAAAAGUAACUGAUAUUUCU